AUGGCCUACGACCGCUACAUUGCCAUCUGCAAGCCCCUGCACUACGGGAGCCUCCUAGGCAGCAGAGCUUGUGCCCAGAUGGCAGCAGCUGCCUGGGGCAGUGGCUUUCUCAAUGCUGUCCUGCACACAGCCAGUACAUUUUCCCUGCCCCUCUGCCAAGGCAAUGCUGUGGACCAGUUCUUCUGUGAAAUCCCCCAAAUCCUCAAGCUCUCCUGCUCAGAUGCCUACCUCAGGGAAGUUGGGCCACUUGUGUUUAGUGUUUCUUUAACAUUUGGUUGCUUUCUCUUCAUUGUGUUGUCCUAUGUGCAGAUCUUUAGGGCAGUGCUGAGGAUGCCCUCUGAGCAGGGCCGGCACAAAGCCUUUUCUACGUGCCUCCCUCACCUGGCUGUGGUCUCCCUGUUUGUCAGCACUGGCAUAUUUUCCUACCUGAAGCCCCCCUCCAUUUCCUUGCCAUCCCUGGACCUCGUGGUCACACUUCUGUACUCGGUGGUGCCUCCGGCAGUGAAUCCCCUCAUCUACAGCAUGAGGAACCAGAAGCUCAAGGAUGCAGUCAGGAAACUGUUUCCAUACAUGCUUCUUAAGCAUCCAUGA